AAGAGAAAAAUAGCCAUUGUUACUAGUCAGCUGGAGAUCAUGUAAAAGUACAUAUCUAUAUCUUGUUUUAUUCUUUAUUAUAAAAACACUAAGCAGCUGCAGGCAUGAAAAUAUUACACAUAUUCUAAGUCAUUUCCUCAGUUCAAAGGAAAUUGCUUGAUUCAGGAAACAGAGUGAGCAACACUCUGCAUUUGAAAUCUAACCAUCAUGUCAGAAGAUCACAGUAAAACAACUACUAUGGAUGUGGACAAGGCCUUUCUAAAAUCCAAGAGAGGCAUCCUGAAAGUAGCAGAAAUGGUGACCCUGUUUGUGGCAUUAAUGUGCUUCACUACAGCAUCCAGAUCACAAUACAUAGCAGCUACAGCCAUGGAGUGUUUGAUCACUUUGCUUCUGCUGCUGCUGUACCUGUUCAAACUCAACAAGAAGUUCACCUUCUUCUUUUGGCCUCUCAUUGAUGUUUUCAAUUCAAUAUUUGCAGCUGUCUUCUUUGCUGUCUUAAGUCUGAUUGCUGUGAAUACAUACACUCUAACAGGCACCUUGGUUGGAGGGAUUAUUGCUUUAUUGUCAGCUGGGCUGCUGUGUGUGGACAGUUACAUGCUUUUCAACAACAUCACAUUCAACAAACCAAGAAAUGAAACUCCAGAUCAAGUCAAUGGAUGAAUCAAUGAGAUGCUUUUUGAUUAACAUGUGUUCUAAAAUGGACUUUAUUAAAAGACUGUAAAUCAGGGGUGUCAAACUCAUUUUAGUUCCGGGGACACAUGCACCCAAAUUUGAUGUCAAGUGGGCCAGUCCAGUUAAAUGAUAGCCAAUAAGUAAUGAGAACUCCAAAUUUUUCUCUUUGUUUUAGUGCAAAAUUAUGAUGUUUACAUUUAUAAACAAACCUAUCACAAAAAAAGUAAACAACCUGAACAACCUGACAUUUCUUAAGAUAUUUCUUAAAAUAUAUGCAAUUUUAACAACUUAUGAGAAUCAGAAUCAGCUUUAUUGGCCAAGGAUGUGAACGCAUACAAGGCAUUUGGCUUCGGUUUUUCUUUGCUCAGGAUGUACAAUUUCUACAUGAACCCAAAACAACAUUAACCCAAUCAUACCUAAUAACAUCAACCUAAUAUAGACAAACAUUUGACUAGAGACGAGAACAACAAUGGGUUGAGAUUUACAGUGGAUUUAUAUUGUAAUAUGUAGAGUGCAAAUUGGAGUUUUUAUACAGUGAGUGGAUGUGUACACAGAUCCGAUCUAUUAAAAAUAUAUGUUUAUGUAUAGAUUAUUUAGUGCAAAUUAGUCAUGUUUUUUUUUUUUUUUUUUUUUACAUAGGGCAUUAUAGAUCGUAGUGGCUCUAAAAAUGCACAAAACAUUCAGUAACAAGCAAUAUUGUUAAAAUUUUAGUUUGGAAUUUGGAGCUGUCAUUAUUUAUAGGGUAUUCUGCUAUUAUUUCACUGGUUCAACCCACUUGAGAUUGAAAUGUGGUAAAAUGAAUGACACCCUUGACCAUAAAUGUUUUCAGAGUCAUUUUUGCACUUAAUAAAUUCAUUCUGUGGGCCACACUGUAAAAAAUGACUGCAGAAUUAACACCAGAAAGUUGGAAAAUUGCAACA